AUGGACACGGAAAAAGUUGAAAAACUCAUAGAAAGUGUUCGAGGCCACAUUUUUUUGUAUGAUUUGGGCAAUCCUCAAUACAAAAAUGCGAGCUUAAAAUCAGCUACUUGGGAAUCAAUAGGAAGGGAGCUCAAUGAAAGUGGUGAAGCCGUGAGGAGUAAAUGGAAGACUGUUAGAGAUGGCUACACCAAAUAUAAAAAACAGCUUAGAAGUUCGACAUGUUCGAGCAGAAAAAAUUUCAGUUAUACGUGGGCAUCACAGCUUGCGUUCCUAGACAAUUUUAAUGAGCCACGAGCGUCUUUUUCGAAAGUCUCAUUAGAGUCUACACAGCGUUCUCCACGUACUCCAGUACCGCCAGCUGAUACACCUACGGCAUCAACAUCAGGAGUUUCAUAUCGCAAUAAAAGACGAUCAUCAGAGAUCAGAAGAAAUGAAGAUGGGAAUGUUGGGAGAGUGUUAGAAUUAUUAAAUGCAAAAAAGAAAAAAGAGCAUGAUGUCAUCGAUCAUUUAUUUCUAAGUUACGCUGACACUUUCAAAAAAUUUCCUGCGCGAGAGCAAGCUAUCGUAAAAUUGGAAUUAGCCAAAUUGUUUGCGAACACCGAAUUACAAUUGCUCAACGGUCAUUCUUCGGUCAUAUCAGUUACAAACUCCUCUGUGAGUUCUGAUGAAAACCGUUCGUUGUAUUCAUCAAGUCCGCAAAUCGAUGAUUACGAUAUCACUCAGUUGAGCGAUAAAACAGUGUGA